AUGUCGGCAGGCGGGCGGCGGAAACCCCCCGCGGAAGGGGGAGGGGAGGUAUCGGAGCUGAUGGCGCGCUUCCAGCGGCACAAGCAGAGCACCAAGGACCCCUCAGGGCCGGCCGUCCUCCCCCCCACCACGCCUCCCCUCAUCACCACCCAUCUCCACCCAUCUUCACUCCCCCAUCCCCCGCCCCUCCAGGCCACCAAGGACCCCUCAGGGCCGUCCUCCCCCCUCGCCACCCUCCGCGCCUCCCCCGCCAGCCCCUCCGCGCUCCCUCUAAACCGCUCCUCCAGCUGCGCCCUCCCCUCCUCCGCCACUGGGGGGGGCGCCAGCGCGCCUGCCCUCCCCUCGUCCCCCUCCUCCUCCGCCUCUUCCGCCUCCUCCACUCCCAAGCGGCGCUCAAGAGCUGCAGCAGCCGUGGCUGCUUCUGGUGGGGGUGCUGCCGGUGCUGGUGGUGCUGGGGUUGGGGAGGGAGGGGCGGAACAAAUCCAGCUGCCAUCCCCAUCCGCUUCUCAGAGCACGGGGAAGGAGGAGCGCGCUCACAAGUCAAGUGGGAAGAAAUCCAAAGAGCACAAGGAGGGGAGGGAGCAUAAGGAAGGGAGGGAGCAUAAGGAGGGGAAGGAGGGGAAGGAGCAUAAAGAGCAUAAGGAACACAAGGAGGGCAAGGAAGGGAAGAAGUCCUCAAGAGUAGUGCAGAAGGAGGCAUUAGAGGAGAUGCGUGUGGAGGUGGAAUCGCUUCGAGCCGAGCUGGCCCGGUGGCAGGGCCGGUGCGAGGAGGGUGAGAGGACCUUCGAGUCAACCCAAAAGGCACUACGAGCAGAAGUGGUGGAGUGGCAGGGGAAGUGCGAGGAGGGCGAGAGGCAGCGAGGCGAGGAGCAAAAGCGCAGAGAAUCUGCCGAGGCAGGUCUUGAGGCCUCCCGGUCUGCAGCUGCUGCAGCAGGGGAGGCGGAAGGGGGUGUGGGAGGCGCGGGGGAGGAGGAGAGGAGCGAGAGGAGGGAGAGGGAGGUGGGUCUAGAGGUCCGUGUGAAGGAGCUUGAGGAGCAGGUGCGAGCUGCAGAGGCAGCUCUGGUGGAAGCAAUUGAGCGGGCAGAGAGGGCAAUGAGGGAGCGAGAGGAGGGGGAGAAAUGGGCGUCUCAGAUGGAGCAGGAAAAGGGAGAGGCGGAGAGGGCGAGGCGAGAGGCAGAGGAGAGGGCUGCAGAGGCAGAGGCACGGGCGGUUGCAGCUGAACAAAGAGUGGUAAAAUUGGAACAGAAAGUGGUUGAGUUGGAAGAGAAGGUGCGUGAAGCAGAGGGGACUGUGAGUGAGGAAGGCAGGAGGAGGGCUGAGUUGGAGCAGAGAGUGGGGGAAGCGGAAGGGAGAGCAGAAGCGGCGGAAUCGCAAGCGAGGGAGAUGGAGGGGAGGCUUGAGCAGGGGUCUCAGGAGGAGAAGAGCCGAGGGGAGAGGGAGAAGGCGAGGAAGGAGGGGGAGAGGGGCGAGUGGGAGGAGGAGAGGAGGGAGAUGGAGAGGAAGUGGGAGGAGGUGAUGCAGGAGGAGGUGGGGCGGAGAGAGGGGAGGAUCAGAGAGCUAGAAGAAAGGCUGAAAGCUGUGAUGGCAGGGUCUGAGGGAGAUGCAUGCAUGGCAGAGGGGGAGGGGGAGGGGGAGGGGGAGGACAAGGGCAAGGGCAAGGGCGGGGCGACAGCAGCACAGGAAGAAUCAACGGCUAGUUUGGGAGAGAGAGGACAUGGUGAGAGGGAGACGGUUGGUGUUGUCCCUGCUGGUGUGGGCUCUGCUGACGUGGCGGUCUCGCAGCUGCCUGCUGACGUGGCACUGCUGCAGCACAAGCUGGAGGUGGCGGUGGGCGAGCUGAAGAGCCUGCGGGCGGCAAAGCGGGCGGCAGAUGCUGAGAUCAGCGAUCUGAGGCAGACUCGAGAGGACACCAUCAGGCGAGUGGUGGAGCUAGAAGGGGAGAAGCAAGGGCUGGAGCUGGAGUUAGAAGAGCUGGUGAAUGAGUUGCUGAGGGAGCAGGAGAUAGCAGCGGAGGCGGGCAUGGUGGCGGAGCAGGAGUGGCAGCGCCGCCAGGAGGCUGUGAGAGCGCUCGUGCAGAUGGAGAGGCAGCUCAACAGUGCCGGUGCUGCUGGUGUUGCUGGUGUUGUUGGGGAGAACGCCCUAACAGCUGCUGAUUACCAGGUCACGAAUGAGUUGGGGCAUGCGGUUGUGUCUCCCCCUAGAGGGCUGGAGCCAGCAGCAAUGGUAGCGGCUGCGGCGGCAGCAGGAGCAGGGCCGUACCUCAGGAGAGGCCAAUCCGACGUGUCAGCGUUUCACAGGCGCAUUCCCAGCGGCUCCUCCUUCAAGUUCCUGCAGCAGCAGCAGCAGCAGCAGCAGCAAGGGGCGCUCGACCCUGCCAUGCUCUCCGACAACCCAGAGGAGUCAGACUUCCUGGGUACGAAGCUCCCCGAGAUCAAGCGCCGCCUCGAAGCAGCAGCCAUCUCGCCCGCCCCCACGCCCUCCUCCUGCCCCUCCCGCGCUCCCGGGCAGCCCGGGCAGGUUGGGAAGCAGGGGCACCGGAUCUCUCGGUCAGGGUCGUUCAGUGCAACGGCGGCGGCUGCGGUGGCAGCUGCAUUUGCAGGAACAGGGACGCUCGCUGCUGCUAGAGCCAGGGCGGUGGGCGCCUCUCCUGCUGCCAGCCCUGGCGUUCUCCCUCCCGCUUCGAACCUUCCUCCCCCGCCUCCUGCUUCUGCUUCUGCUGCUGCUCCUUCUGCCGUUUCUGCUGCUGCGGCGGCGGCAGUUUCUGCUGUUACUACUGUGGCUUCUGCUCCAGCUGCAGUUGCCCUCUCUCCUUCUGCCGGUGCGGGUCCAUCUGAAGCAACCACCCCAUCUGCUCCUGAUGCUUCACAGAAUAUCUCCUCUGCUAUGCCCUCCUCCGAAUCCUCUCUCCCCGCCACCUCUCACGCCUCCCUCUCUCGCCCCGCCCGCCCCUCCGGCCCGCGUCUUGUUGGUUUCGCCGACCCCGCCUCUUCCUCUCUCCCGUCAACCGCCACUGCACAUUCCCCUGACACACACGCCGCCACCACGGGUGAUGCUGCAGCAGUCAACACGGAUAGCAGCACAGGCAGCAUCACUGCCACUGGUGUUACCACUGCCAGUAAUGCUGCUACCGCCGCUGCUGCUGCUGGUGGCACUGCUGCCACUAGUGGUAACCAGCAUGGCAAGCCGACAGGCGGCAAGUCAAUGCGCGCCGCCCUGCUGGAGCAGAUGGGAGCAAGCGAGCUGGCCGACGAGCUGGCUGCCGCCCGGGCGGCGGCUGCUGCCGCCACUGCGCAAGCCGCACGGGCGGCCUUGGCUGGCUCUGGCAGUCCGGGUGGGGGAGCGCGUGGAGGGAGUGGGGGGAGUGGGGGGAUGAGUGGCAUGCUGAGCUGGCUUACAGGUGGGCUGGCCGGUCAGGCUGCUCCUGCUGCUGCUGCUGCCACUGCCACUGCUGCAGCUGCUGCUGGUUCCGGCUCAGAGGCGAAGGAGGUCCCGAGGCAGCUAGGUGUUGUGGUUCGCAGGCCGUUUGGCAUAGUUCUGACGGGCGAGGAGAGGGCAGCAGAGGGCGGUGAGCGGGCGAGUCCCAACGGCAGUUUCAGCAGCCCCAGGGGGGGUCGAGCCGGGGGCAGCGGAUUCAGCAGCCCGAGAAGCAGCGGCAAGGCAGGGGCGGGUCCGAGCCCUUUGAGUCCUCGGCCGGGGAGGGACUCACCGCAAGACAGGCAUGGUAAAGCACAGCUGCAGGGACAGAAACACAGGCAGCAGACGCAACAGGGGCAGCAGCAGGGGCAGCAGCAGCAGGGGCAGCAGGAGGUGUGGCGGCACCAGGCGGCGUUCAUCCAUGUGUUGCUACAGCUGGCCCAGCGGGCUGUGGAGCGCAGCGAAGACGCUGCUGCCGCCGCCGAGGCUGUUCUCUCCGCCACGGCACGAGCUGAGGCUGAGAUGCGCGAGUGGGAGGUGGAGCGGCAUCUCUCGUCUGUGUUCGGCGAGAUUCGGCUGUUUAUGCGGCAGCAGGGGGUGGAGCCGGUGAGGCGGCAGGGGGCGGGCGGGGGAGGGAAGGGCGUGGGGGGUGAGGGAGGUGGGACUGGGGGAGGUGGUAUGUCUACCACCACGGGGCACACGCCUAGGGACCUGGCGCAGGUUCGGGACGAUCUGAAGGUUUUGGUUGGGGCGGUGGAGGCUCGGGCACGGGCAGCUGCGGUGAAAGAGAUAGGCGUGGGGGGUGUGAAGGAACGGCCGAGCCUGGUCGUGGGUGCUGCUGGUGACAGUGCUGCCUCUGAUUCUGCUGCUGCUGCCGCUGCUGCUUCUUCUGCUGGUGCUUCUGCUGCCGCUGCGGCUUCUUCUGCUGUUGCUUCUGCCGCUUCUGCUGAUGGUGGUAAGGAGGCGGCCCCUGAAACUGAAGCCCCCUACGAUGCAGCAACUGGAACUGAAGCCGCUGCUGCAGCAACAGCAUCAGCAUCAUCAUCAUCAGCAGCAGCAGCAGCAGCAGCAGCAGCACCAGCAGCAGCAGCAGCAGCAGCAGCAGCAGCUAGUCCUGCAGAUGUCCUAGUAAUCAACAACACAAGUGCAGCAGUGGCUGAGUCCAAGGCAAGCAGCGAGAUUCCAGAGGAUGAAGAAGACCCGUCCACGUUCCUCACAGUGCCACUCACGCCCAUGCGCUCGCCCAUCAUCCGAGUCACCCGCAGCUCCUCCCUCCUCUCCCCCUCCCCCUUCUCCUCCGUCUCCCACCCCUCUCCUUACUCCUCCCUCUCCAACUCCUCUCCCUUCUCCUCCCUCACCCAAUCUUCCCCUUUUACCUCGAACCUGCCCCCUUUCGCCCGUUCCUCCUCCACUGCUGCUCCCUCCCACAAGCCUUCAUUCUCGCACUCCCCCUCGCUCGCCUCCCUCGGCCCCAGCCUCUCCCCUGCUUCUCUUGCCCCUUACAGUUGUGGUGCCGCGGCAACUGUUGCUGCUGCAGAGAGGGAGGAGGGGAAGGAGGCGGAUGGGGUGACAGUAGUGGCUGCUCCGCUUGACCUGCCUGAGCUGGUGGUGGUGGAAGAGGGAGAGGAAGCAGGUGCGGUGGAGGGAGCGGGAAAGGAAGAGGGAGAGGGAGAGGGAGAGGAGGGGGGGAUGGGAGAUGGCAAGGUCAUGGGGGGGCGAAAGGAUGGAUCAACAGCAGAGGCAUCAGGAGAUGCAGCAGGAGAAGCAGCAGCUGAAUCGGAAGGGGAAGUAACAGGAGAGGCAGCAUCGGAGGAAGUAAAGUCGGCAGGAGGGGCAGUGAGUGGGGAGGGUGAGGGGGGUGGUAAGGAGGCGAAGGCAGAGAGGAUUGAGGCAGAGACUGGAGUAGAAUCAGACGCUUCAGCAGCACUGGGUGCGCCUGAGGCCACCCUGUCGGCUGCAGCUGCCACCACUGCUGCUCAACACUCCUUGCCCAAAUCGCUCUCUACCUCCGAGCAGCAGCAGCGGCAGCAGGAGAAGGAGCAACAGCAGGAGCUGCAAUGGCAGCAGCAGCAGGAGCGUCAGGAGCGGCAUGAGUGGCAGGAGAGGCGCAGGCAGCAGCUGCAGCAGCAGCAGGCAGCCUUGGAGCACCAGGUGGUGCUGCUGCAGCGGCAGGAGCAGGCGCUGCUGCAGCAGGCUGAGGAGGUAGCAGAGGAGGCGGCACAGGAGGCGAGGCGGGUGGGCGUGCAGCAGCAGGUGGUGCUAGACGUGGAAGGGCAGGUGGCUGCUGUUCGAGACACCAUGGUGUUCCUCUUGAGAGACUUGCAGGAGCGUGGGGAUGGGAGGGGAGGAGCAGAGGAGGGAGGAGAGGCGGGGAUGCUGCAGCAGGCUGUGGAUGAUGGGGAGCAGCGACUGAUGGAGGCACAGCAGUGCAAACAGCACUGCCUAGGGCCCCCCCUGCUGCCUUUCCCACACACAGGCUCUCAGAGCCCGUCGGCAGCGGCUGCAAGAGAGGGAGCGGCAGCACUGCCGCCUGCAGCAGCACCACUCUGUCCCCUCUCCCCCACUUAUGCCCCCUGCUGCCUCUGCACCUUCCCCCACUCUCAGGCUCAGCUGAGGCCCCGCACGCCACCCGUUGUUGCUUCUGAGACGUCUCAGCAGUCCCUCAGGCCACGCACACCACCCAUUGGUGCCCAUGCCCCACAGCACAGGCAGCUGCUGCAACAGCAGCAGCAGCAGCAGCAGCAGCAGCAGCAGCAGCAGCAGCAGCAGCAGCGCCGCUCUCCAGCCCUGCGCCCCCCAACAACCCCUGUGGGGAGCAGCGCCGCCUAUGGUCGCCCUGCCGAUGCCAGCGCCCCGGCUGCUGCCCCUGCUGCUUCCCCUGCUUCCCCCCUUGCGUUUUCGACUCAAAACCUGGCCUAUGCUGCGGCUACCCUUGCUUCUGCCCCUGCUGCUGCUCCACCUGCCUCUUGCUCUUCUGCUGCCGAUACUGCUGACUUUGUGCUCCUUCCUCCCAGUGCUGCACCCACCGCACCCACCGCAACCACUGCCGACACUGCGCCUACUGCAACCACUGUCCAGCGGGACCUGGGGUUGGGUCGAGGAGCAGGCGAUUGGCCGAUGAUGGGCACGGUAGCAGGCGGUUGGCUGAUGAUGGUCAUGGGAGCAGGCGAUUGGCCGAUGAUGGGCGUGGAGGCAGAAAAUCAUUGGAUGGUGGAGUUGGGAGCACUAGUGGCAAGAGAAUGUGGUGGGGAGGAGUUGAGCACCUCCGCUUCUCUAGCCGUCGAUUCCCGGCUCGCCCUCGCCGAUCAGACGGUGUUCAAGGGCCGACCAGUGACCGUCUCUGUCGCUGCUCCCGCCAGAAAGACCGUUGCGACGAGCGUGUCGUGCCGUGCCGAUGGCGACAAUAAGAAUGCGACGCCCAACUUCGCGGCUCAGCUCGCUAGAGCCGUCGUUCCCGCUCUGUCCUCCGCGAUCUUCGCCGCGACCGUGAUGGGCAUUGCGCCGACAGCUGACGCAAUGCAGAGCUAUCUCCUCACUGGUGGCGUCGCCGCCGCUCAAGCAGAGCCUGAGGAGCGAGCCCGGCGGUUGGGCGAGCUGCUGCGCAAGAAGCGCGAGGAGCAGGAGGCGAUCGCCGCUGCGGCGCGCGCGGAGGCGGAGAAGAAGGCGGCGGAGGAGGAGGCCGCGCGGAGAUUCGCGGAGGAGAAGAUCCAGGCGCAGAGGCUCUUCGUUAAGCCGGAGCUGAAGCCGUCGAGCACAGCGGCGCCGCCCGUGAAGGAGGUGAAGCAGCAGGAUGCGAAGAAGAGCAAGCGUGGCGGCAUGCCGCUCUUCGUCUCGCAGUUCGGCGUGCUCGCCGCGUUCGGCGGUGGCAUCGCAGCUCUCUUCGUGCUGCCCGAUGAGAAGUGGAAGGAGAUCGAGGAGGGUCUGGAGGAGGUGAAGGACUUUGUGGUGCCCAUCGUGGACGACGUCGUCAUCCCCUUCGCUGAAGCGGAAUUCGCCGAGACUGCCAAGCCAUACGCCGAAGCUGCGAUUGACGCUGCCAAGCCUGUCGCCGAGGCAGCCCUGGAAGCCGCCAAGCCCGUCGCCGAGGCAGCGUUGGAAGCCGCCAAGCCUGUGGCAGAGCAAGCAGUGGAGAAGGUGAAGGAGCUUACCGAGCCUAUGGUAUCGCAAGUGGAGGAGCAGGUGAACAAGGUGAAGGACGUUGCAGGGCCGGUUGUGAGCCAAGUGGGUGAAUCGGUGGAGAAGGUGAAGGAGGCAGCAGGGCCGGUGGUGAGCCAAGUGCAGGAGAAGACUGCUGAGCUCAUCAAGUCUGUUGAAGGCCCUCCCUCCAAGCCCAACGCCUGA